AUGCGAAACAAUACAACAGUACAGAGGAAAUGAGAAAGCUCUCCUCCAAGCGAUGAAGCUCAACUGGUUGGGGUAUCCCACCAACAGAGAGCGCCACCAGCUUUUUUGCUAUUUUUAGAAUGUAUGAGUCGUUUGCCGUCUGCUAAACGAAGUCUUUCUAUAUUCCGUUUAGGUAGAGAACUUGAGUCGUUUAGAAGCCGUUUAGUGGUCGUUUAGUGGAUUUGUGGCACUUGGGCAGCGCGAGCUUUUUGGCGGCCAUCUUGAACCCUCAAAACCCCUCACAACGACUUAUAAAAACAAUCGCCAGCGAGGGAAAAUUGCACCAAUUUGGAGCAUUGGCGAGCUCGUUAAGGCCCGUGUCUCCAUCGGAUGCGAUUUUAUCGGAAGGCCUGUCAAAAUUUAAUAUUGAAUUUGACAGAUAACGUCCCAAGUGCCACAAAUCCACUAAACGACCACUAAACGGCUUCUAAACGACUCAAGAUCUCUACCUAAACGGAAUAUAGAAAGACUUCGUUUAGCAGACGGCAAACGACUCAUGCAUUCUAAAAAUAGCAAAAAAGCUGGUGGCGCUCUCUGUUGGUGGGAUACCCCAACCAGUGGAGCUUCAUCGCUUGGAGGAGAGCUUUCUCAUUUCCUCUGUACUAUACAACGGUUUCGCAUUGAAGUUAUGCAUCGCUAGAACCAGAACGGCGAUACGAUUGUUUAAAUACUAAACUCCAACGGAAACCACCAGCUCUGAAGCCAGUGAGAUUUGAGUAAUGGUCGUUGGUGUUAAUACCCACGUAUUUGACCACACGACCAUUCAUAUAGAUUUUUGCUCGGAAAGUUAGAAGGCUAUAUAGGUCAUGAUAAGAUGAAACUUGUCGAAACACAUUGCAAGAAAAGGAUAGCAAUAUAAUGAUUAGUUUUAAUACGCCAUCUAUUGAUCAAACCAAUGAAGCUGUGGAGCUUUCAUUUUUUUUCUAUGGAUAUUCAAUUUUCCAGUCGUUUAAGCUUAAUCUGUGGCGCUUGGGGUCGGACGUGCGAUUUCGUCCUACGACAGAAUCAAAAAAAUUUGAUUUCGUCGGACGCCGCAUCCGAUUUUAUCUGUCAAACUAAAUGUGUGGUGUUUUGUAGGAACAAUUCCAACUUAAUUUUUCAUAAUCCUUAUUUUAAUAAAAUCAUCCAAAUAAUCGCAAUUUCAUACGAAAAAGCGUUUGAUAGCACGUGCGAUAAGAUCGCAUGCGAUGAAGCACAGACACGGCCCUAAAGCCGGUUUUUGAGCCUUCGAUCCAAUCGAUGUUUUUCCUAACGAGGGGUAGGAUAGUGCUGUCAAAUGUCAAAUUGAGCCAUUUCCACAGAACUUUCAAAUCGCGGCAUUCAUUCGGAAUCGUACUUGCCGAUCAAAAGGGAGUGAUCUUGCGUGGUUGAAACAAAUAAAAUGGACUACCUCUACAACAACGACUGCAAAUUCUUUACAGGCCGUGGUGACGAUGAAAAGCUUCCCGAAAUCAGUAUCGUUUGUGAGAACAGUUACCACACGACGGCGCUGCAGAAAGCAACACAUUGCUUUGAAAAGCUGGACUACCUCGCCAAGCAGCGUCGUAAAAAGGCGGUCAAGGAAAUGGAGUCACGCCACAACAAGGUGCUGCUAUUGAAUGGAUCCGCAUUGGUGCAGGACAAAGUGUUCCAGUGCAACAGUCUAGCCCACUUGAAGAUGUACUACAACAACGCCGGCAAGCGUUUGCAGAACGCGGGAAGGAUGCGGGACUCGAUACGCUACCUUGAAGCUGCAUACGUCAUCCCGUUGGAAAAUAAUCGGAAUGUGUUGCAAACCUCCAUUAACCUGCUGCUUACCGUAGCGUACAGAAAGACCGAACAGUACCGGAAGUAUCUCACAUUCCUCGGACGCUCGAAGGGUCCGCAUUCGCAGGAGCAGAAUUUAAACAUUCUUCGUAACAAGCCAUUCCCCGUCUGGCAGGAGGAUGCAGCGUGCAGCGCUGUCGAUUGGGAAAAGGAACUGUUCGGCACUAGCAACAGCCGUGCCGUGUCCUGCGAAAUAAUCAACGGAUCAUUGGUGGCCAAGCGUGACUUUAACGUUGGCGAUGUUAUAUUCGUCGAAAAGCCAGUGGUUGGCUACGUUGCGGAAUCGAUGGGUCAAUGUAACUGGUGCACCCUGAAGACGCUCUACACCGUGCCAUGUGUAGUUUGCCGUGAGGUAUUUUACUGCAGUGUGCAAUGCUUGGGCAAGGAUGAGCAUUACCACCAGUACGAGUGUCGGGGCUACCGGUCGCUGUUCUUUCCACUGAUGGAUUUUAUGCUUACAAUCCGUCUGCUGGUGAAAUCGUUGGAUGUACUGCAAACGAACCUUUCGCUACGCAAACCGCCCACCCAACAUCCCAGGACGGUGGAGCAGCUGUGGGCAGCAUUGCUCGAGGAUCACCAUGCGCAUUCGGAAGACCUGCUUUCGCUGUUGCAAGGGUGCACGUGCGAUCAUUACGUGGAGGAAUCCGGCAGCUAUCCGGUGCUGAUCCAAAAGGCUUCACUCAUCAUGUACUACUUAAUGAUGGACAAAAGGCUGGUUGAAGAUUACAAGUCCUGCUGGAUGAAUCUAUCGAUUGCCGAGCGGAACAUAUUCCUUGAAAGCGUCCUGCUGCGGCUUUUGUGUGUAGUGCACACGUUUAUGUGCGGAUUCAAAUACGAGCUGUCGUACGACAAGGGAGAUGUCGACGAGAUGUUAAUGGACCGCUCGUCAGCGACGGACGCGCAGGACGCAGUGCAUACGAACGCACCAGAGUCGAAGGCGCCAUUCGAUGCGCAUCAGCGGCCAGCCGCAUACGCGCGAACCCAUGAUAACUUGCUCAUGUUUUGGGACGUUUGUUGGACCGAGGCAAAUCACCGAGCGCAACAGGCGGACAAUGUAGACGCUGUGGAGUGUGCGCUGCAAAAAUACUGCGAAGGUUAUCACGCUACGUUCAACUUUCUGGAGCACCUGGCCCAGUGCAAAUCGGCACCGAAAGUAACGACCUUCAACCAGUACCGUGGUUUGUACCGAUUCGUUCGUGAAAUUGAAUCUUCUGACGAGGAAUCAAAUGUUAUCACUAUAUUGCUGGACCACGGAGUCGUCGCGUUUCGGGCAUUAAAAUCGAUCAAAAAGGGCGAGACAUUGGUAUUGGCACGUACGUUCAGCAACGCCAGCGAGGUGCAGCAAGAUUUUUCCAAUACCAUAAAAAUAAUAGGAAACGAUGACAUCAAAACUGAGCAGGCAAGAUUGAUCUGUAGGAUCGAUUUAACGAGCGAAAUCAUCGAUAAGAUGAAAAAUAAGACAUCUUUAUUCGUGUCGGGAAGUUUCUUCUCCUUUUUGUUCAUUUUCGAUCACUUCAUAAAAGUGUUCGAUGGCAUUUUACAGCGAUCGAAGCACAGCGUGCAGAUUUUUGAGCUAAUAAACAAAAUAGAGAACAUCUACAAUCAUGCCCGGAUAGUGCCGGGUGUGCUUAUGCAAGACGAGUGGACGUCCCAGUUGGUGAAGCGCGGUCCCAAGUUGCGCUUGAUGAAGCGCCAGAACAACAAAAUCGUUGCCAAUCAGCUGUACAAUAGUUUCUUCAAAUGAAAAAAAACGGAUGUUUUCAUGCAUACUUUAGUAGGAAAAUGAAUAAUUUAUGAACUUCAGUGUAGGUUUUC